GUUCCUUGCUUUGUUUUGUUGGACAAAAAUGGACAAGCUUUGGCCAAGACAGGAGUUCCAAGUAGUCGUGCUCAUGUCAUUGCUGGGUAUGGCUAUGGCUGCCAAAAAAAAGGUGGAAACUUGUUCAAUUAAUAGCUUACCAGAUGAGGUUUUGGGUCAGAUCCUGUCGUUGUUCCCUACUAAACUUGCUGCUGCCACAUCAGUUCUCUCAAAACGGUGGAGAAAUCUGUUGCCUCUGGUUCAUAACCUUGAUUUUGAUGAGUCCAUGGUCUUUUAUCCGAACAGAACAUCAGAAACUAUUGGUGAUGGUGGUGGCUUCCUUGAUUUCGUGAACAGAACCCUUUUGUUGCUCGGUGAUUCUCCCAUCAAGAAAUUCUCUAUGAAGUGGGAUUCUCACAUCGACAACUCUCAGUACAACCAUCUGAUCCGCAAUGUGCUAGAACACGGAGCCUUGGAACUAGACUUGUCAUCAACAUCCACGCAAUGUAUAAUGCCUGAUUUCUUCUUCAGCAAGACGUUAGUUAAACUCACCCUUUCCCGGGGAUAUUACGACCAAGACAUUGAUCUUCCAUAUGGUGUGCUUUUCCCUGCACUCAAAACUCUCUCUAUCGUUCAAGUGUCUUAUAUUGGUGAUCUUUAUGACUGCCUCCUGUACUCUUGCCCUGUGCUUGAGGAAGUUAACAUAUUUGCUGGUGAUCCUUCUGAAUGGGGGGGAUUGGAGAAGACAUAUUUGGGGUUCAACCAUCCAGAGAAUAACCAUAUUUUUCCGUUUUCAUGCUCUAGACGCCCACUUAUUGGUUGGCCUUGACACGCCAAGUCUUGUGUACCUUGACUACUCUAGUUAUGUCGCAGAAGAUUAUCAUUGUCAGUUGGAUUCGCUUGUCGAGGCUAGACUGGAUCUUAUAUUAUGGAAGUAUAAUGAUUAUAUAUAAUAUCCCACCAGUAGAUGAAUAUUAUGAGUAUGAUUCUACAAAGGGUGAUGCUUGGGGUGAUGCAACCAAACUCGUUGAAGCUAUAAGGAAUGUUGUGACCCUUCACUUGUCUGCUGAUUCUCUUGAGGUGUUUCAUUGCUGCUGUAAAUCUAUGUCUGAGUUCAACAACCUCGUGACGUUGUCUUUUGAGAGCCACGAGGAACGUGAUUGGCAAGUAUUGCCACUUCUGCUCCAGAAAUCUCCAAACCUAGAAACUCUAGUCGUUAAGGGUCUUGUGCACAAGAUUACAAAAGGAUGUGGGGAUGUAUGCGCUUGCAAACGUGUGAGGAAGAAGAGGAAGAAGAAAAUUAGUUGUUUAUUGUCGUGUGGAGUGAAGGUGCUAAAGGUUUAUGGGUAUGGAGGAAGUUGUAGAGAAUUGAAACAGAUGAGACAUUUCAUGGAGAAUUUGAGGUGUCUUGAAGUUGUGAAGGUUAAGGUUGAAGUUGAUAAGCAAGAUAAAAAGUACACCGAUGGCCUAAUGAAGCUCCUCCAGACAGCAGCUUCAAAAUGCAAGAUACAAUUCAUUUGAGUUGACUGUUUCAUUCAUUCACAUAUGAUAUGUGUGUCUUCUUUUUCUUUGGAUAUCCUCUCAUUCUUCUACUUUGAUGAAAGAUUUUAAUUAUUGUUACAAGGCAAUGCUUUUUUGAUAA